AUGGACAGCCAAGCUAAUAAAAAGGUCAAUUCGGAAGUAGGGGACUGUGGUAGAGGUCAGUCCGAAGUAGGGGACUGUGGUAUAGGUCAGUCCGAAGUAUGGGACUGUGGUAUAGGUCAGUCUGAAGUAUGGGACUGUGGUAUAGGUCAGUCCGAAGUAUGGGACUGUGGUAUAGGUCAGUCCGAAGUAUGGGACUGUGGUAUAGGUCAGUCCGAAGUAUGGGACUGUGGUAUAGGUCAGUCCGAAGUAUGGGACUGUGGUAUAGGUCAGUCCGAAGUAUGGGACUGUGGUAUAGGUCAGUCUGAAGUAGGGGACUGUGAUAUAGGUCAGUCCGAAGUAUGGGACUGUGAUAUAGGUCAGUCCGAAGUAUGGGACUGUGGUAUAGGUCAAUCCGAAGUAUGGGACUGUGGUAUAGGUCAAUCCGAAGUAGGGGACUGUGGUAUGGGUCAAUCCGAAAUGGAUUAG